AUGGACGUUGCGAGCCAAUGGCUCCCUGCCUUUGAAGUCAAGUGGCGCCUACUGUAUUGUAGCCUUCUUGUGGGGCUGCUGGCACUCUGUGCUCCGCUUUGCCUCUGUGAGCGUCGCAUAUACGACUGUUUCGGAGAUGUUGUGAGCACUUGGUUUGGGCUAUGCCUCGGAGUCGUGCAUGUCCCUGGCUCUUCAGCUGGCAGGCACUGCUCCGCUAGAUGCACCCUUGUGCUUUGCGGUUUGAUCACCCUUCUCUCCACGUGUCUCGCAGGCUAUCCCUGCAUCUUCUGGGCUUCUCCAGUCUUGCAGGUGAGUACCGAAAGCCGUGGGAAGUUUGGCCCGGGCCAGCAGACACUUGCUCUCGUCCUGUUGUCACUGAUAUGGGUUUGCUGCAUGCUGAGGCAGCACCCAGCUUCUACCGGCACACAUGAUGCCAAGUGGUGCAUGUUUUCUUUUUGGCUAGCAUCGGCAGUGUGGCAGUUUUCAGUCAUAUUGCUGGACAACAAUCGUCAAGCUUUCAUCUAUUUACAAAGAUUCGGUUGUGGAGUGCAGUGUGUUGCUCUCGGCUGGACUUUGCAUUUGUUGCAGAUUCGGAUUGUGGGAAUCGGGUCUAGCUUGGUGCAGCCCCCUUGUUCGCACAUAUGGAUACUCGUCAUGUGCGGCAGCUGGCUCUUUCGCAAUACGUAUGUUUCAAACCCACAUUCUGUGAAUGUGAAUCUUUGGCCUUUCUUUGUCAGCCAGUCGGUGCUGUGUACUAUUUGGGUAUCUUACAUGGCGCUGAUAUGCUCGAGCUUGUCAAUGAAGUUGAGUAUCUUGCUGCACGAAACGGGGCGAGUACGAGGGUUUCCAAGGAGACAGGCUAUUUGGGCUGCGCAAGUUCUGGGUAUGGAGAUGCUGAUAUGCACAGUGUUGGGCUUGACCAUGUGUUGCCAGGGCGUCGUCUCUUGCAUAUCCAUGUAUGCCAAGUUGCAGUUUUGGGGUGCCCCGUCGGAUGCACACUAUCGGCUCGCGUUUAAGUGGAUGGAGCUUGUGUUCGUCGCCGACAACACCAUGUGGGUAGUGAACUCACUGGGGCUGGGCCUUCUGUCCGGGAUUCUCUGGCAAGUACGGCCUCCCAAAGAUGACUCACAGUCUGGUCGUGAGCUAACCAGAGGCUUGGUCUCGAUGGCCAGCUUGCUGAGCCCCGAGGAAAAGGAAGCCUACGACCUGGUGGUCCAGCAGCUAGCAAACCGAGGCUUUCGCCUCGGUGCGCUUCUGGGCUUCUGGGAGGGACUUCUCGAUGGUGAGGCGAUGCCAGGCUUUGACCCCGUACGUUCCUUGACCAACGACGUGGUUCGACGGGCAAUCAUCCCCGAAUCGCGAGUUGGAGAUGGCGGUUGUGCCUUGGCAACGCUAUGGUCCGGCGCCGGCAUCAAGCCGCAAGUCAUGGUCACGCACAACUGGACCAACGGCUUUGGAAGUCUUGUCUCCGCAAUCCUCGCGGAUGCUUUGGGACGGGCUGGCUAUCAGGACGUUUCAGCUCAGAUUGCCACAGCAUCUGGCCUUCAGCGGAUCCAGGCAAAGCUCGCUAGCAAGCUGGAGACGACCUACUGGGUGUGUGCUUUCUGCAUCAACCAGCAUGCUAGUAUUUGUGGUGGCUUUGCGCCCGAGCCGCCCCAGGGGACGCCCGAAUGGGCUGCUUGGGACAGAAGGCGGUAUGACUCAGUUACAGGUGAAGCCUUUGCAUUCUGCAAUUGCCAAGUGGAGAAAGUUUUCAGCCACACUGACGCAAGGUCUGAACUCAACAAGUUCGACGACAUGAUGACACACCUUGCAUUGGAGGUGGCGGAUUUCACACAGCUCAUUGUCGUCGAUGAUGUUUUCGAUGUGCUUUACCGGGCCUGGUGUGUUGCCGAGAUAUUCGAGGCCAAUGUUCUGGGCAUGGAAUCUCGAAUACAGGUUUCGUCGCAGGAUGCUGUAGAUCGGAACUACGACAGGCUGUCAGUAUUAGAUGUCAGACAAUGCGCAGCUUCUUCCGAAGCUGACAAAGAGAUGAUCAUGGCGAAGAUUUCGGAUGUGGAAGUUUUCAACAGGAAAAUCCAGCAGCUCGUUUUCAGCGAAGAGAUGGGCUUGUUUGCAACGUGGGUAGGUGGGAGCGAGCGUUCCCAGCAAGCAGACCUCCGGUGCUGGGCCUUGCUCAUCGUGGGCCUGCUGGUGGUCGGCUCCAGCAAAACUCUGGGCUUCCUGGCUCCUUUCGCGCUGAAGCGGGCCGUGGAUCUCUUAAGCCACCAGGAUUACUUGGGCCUGUCAUGGUUGGCCAUCUUCGCUGCACUGAAAGGCAUGACCCAGGCCUUGAACAACAGCAAGACGGCCGUGUUGUGCUUCAUCGCACGCCCCAUGGGGAGGCCGGGAUGGUUGGCGGAAGAUGUCCUUAUCGACGCUGAUGUGGGGUUUCGGGCACGAGUUGGAUGCAUGUGA